AUGAGAGUGUUCAUCCACAACGUAAACACGUACACAGGGAGCUGCCUGUGCGAAACGCUGGGCGAGGUGGGGAGCGAACAGACGGAGAUCUACGGGACGGUGGUGGAGCCGAGCAAAAGAAAAAACGGCCUCAAAUAUGGCUACGGGAGGGUUACAAAAGUGGUGUCAAAAAUCCCAAAGGACAACAUCGUGAAGCAGUUGCUGCGGUGCGAUUUGAUCAUCUUCACUUUGCACAACACCGAUGUGGAGGAACUAGAAUACAUCAUACGGAAGCUCAAAUAUGAGAGGCUGAAGAGGGACACCACCUUGGUGCUCAUCUCCUCCAUCAUGACUUGGAACAAGACCAAGCGGCGCUUUUCCCACCAGGGGGGGGCUGCCAACAGUGCAACAGGAGAAGCAAAGGGGCAGACCAACUCAACGGAAGAAGAAGAAGAACCCCCUUCUAGUGGAACCACGAAACACAUUAACGUGCCGGAAGUUUUCACCGAAAAGGACUAUAUGAAGAGGAUCCCCUCUAGACAGUACGAGCAGCACAAAAGCAUUGAGACCCUAAUUUUGUCCCUCAACUCCAGGGACAAACUAAACACCUAUGUAGUCGCAUCUGGCAUUCUCUAUGGGAAUGGAGAAAGUGUGUUUUUUCCUAUUUUUAAAAAUGCCUGGCUAAGUUUGGACAGUCAAAUAAUUGACAGGGGGAAUAAUUUCAUUCCCCUCAUUCAUGUGAGGGGACUGUGCCAAUUUGUGAAGGAGCUGUAUAUGAGGCAGCCCGAGAGGAAGUACCUCAUUGCUGUGGACAACGAGCACAUAACGCAGAAGACGCUGGUGAAAACGGUCGGCAACUUCGUCUCUGGGAACAACACCUACGUUAGCGUCUCUCCGCACGACUCCUUCCUCUUUGACGACGCGGAGGUGAUGUGCGUCAACCUGCGCUUCGCCUGCUCGCAGCUGGGGGGGGGAGGCCAAGCCGACCAAAAGGGAGGAGAUGGCCAAAAGGGAGAAGCUGAUCAAGCUGACGAGGAUGACCAAAGCGAAGAAGGUGAUCAAGCUGACGAAGAUGACGAAGAUGGCGAAGAUGCGGACGACCCAGAUGCGGCCGACGCGGCCAACCUGGAUGACCACGCUCCCCCCAAGAAGAAGCGAGCCAACCAGGGGGGGCACUCAGACGGACGGGGAUUCACCUUCCACUGCUGCGAAGGGUUCACCAAAAACAUUGGCACCCUCGCCAGGGAGUUCUGCCAGUACAGAAGCCUGAAGCAGCUGAGGGUCCUCAUCCUGGGCCAGCCAGGAGUAGGCAAAACGUUCAUCGCCAAGAAGAUAUGCCAGCACUAUAACUUGACGCUCUGUUCGAUCUCCUCCAUCCUUGAGGAGUGCAAGCAGAGGGGGGAUGACUUCCCCGAGUACUACAAGCAGGGUUUAAGCGAGCUGAAUGAUGAGCAAGAAAAAAAAAAAAAAAACGUAAAGGGGAACGCAAUGGGAAAGGCAAAGGGAAACGCAGUGGGAACCGCCUUGGGACCCGCCUCGCGCACCGCCAAGCUGACGCUCCCAGACCUGACGGCCCUCUUCUACCAAAAGCUGCAGAGCAAUGAGUGCAAAUUCAGGGGCUUCGUUCUGGACUUCUUCCCGCGAAAUUACGACGAGGCGGAGUACUUCUUCGAGCGGCACGCGGGGGGCGGCGCACCGGAGGGGAGCGGCGAGCCGGGGGAAGCGGAAGCGGAAGCGGUCAAAGGAGACGAAGCGGACGAAGCAGACGAAGUGGUCGAAGCGGACGAAUCUAACGAAGCGGACGAAGCGGACGAAGCGGACGAAUCUGACGAAGAUGAGCUGCCCGGGACCCCCCGCAGCGACCCCGACCAAGAGGCAACCCCCCAAGCGGGAAACACCGCGUCUAAGAAGCAACCCGGCUCAGCGGGAGCCACUCCAAAUGGGGACUCAAACGAAACCCCCGAAGAGGCAGAUAAAGUGUCCCUCUUGCCCGAGUUUGUCAUCGUGUUGAAAUCCCCUGAAGAGCUGUGCAGAAGCCGAAUGAUGAAUCUGGCAGAGGAGGAAAUAAUCAAAGGACACAACGACGAAAGUGGGUUCGAAAGAAGGCACAAAAAGUAUAUCAAAGAGAACUGUAGAAAUGACUACUUUGAGUUUGACCAGAAGAAGUCCAUCGAGGAUUUCUUCCUCGAAAGAGAGGUGGACGUACUCCAUGUGCACAUAAACGAAGACUCCUCAUUGGAGGAUAUCCUCACAAACAUACACAUCUACAUCGAGAAGAAUGUCAAAUUUGAUAACUUCCUUCCAUCCUCUGAGGAGAUGCUAAAGGACAAACUGCAGCAACAGGAGAAGGAGCUUUCCCUCGAAAAGGAAAAACUCGCAACCAAGGAGAGGCAACUCAUUGGGGAAGAGACCAUUCAAAAUGAUGAGUUAAUAAAAGCAGAGAAAAAGAGACAGGAACUUCUCCUACAACAUCAACAGCAGUACUUUCAUAACCAGUCCAUCCCUCUGAGGUUUUACCUCAUUAAGAACAUCCUGCCCAUUUUAACAGACGCGCUGAUACACAUUUGCCGUACCAAGCCCAAGAACCCCUGUCUGCACAUCGCCCAGUAUUUGCUGGAAAACGCCCACAAGUACAACGUCGAGGAGGCUGCACUGGACGCGCUCCGCUCGGGGGAGUCUGCGGCCGAGGGCGCGGCCACCCACCGGGGUUGA